AUGACUGAUAAAAAAAUUCCAGUAUCGACACAAGCUAAUCUUUCUAUAAAGGAGGAAUGUCUCAAGAAUUUUUUCAUUGCAGGAUUAAAUCCCAAAAACCAGCUAGUAGCAGAAGAAUACAGAAAAGAUUUUCCAUUAGAAAAAGGUUCCAUUGUAGCUCUGAAGAGAGAUAUGGACAGGUUACGAUGGGAGAUAAGGAUUAUUGAUAAUCAAUUUUCAAAUAUAUUCAAAGAAGAUACAUAUAAAUCUGUAAAUACAUUUCAUAAUAUUAGCUCAGAGGAUGUGGAGCAUCGAAGCUUUGCAUCUUCUGAAACUGAAUUAUCUGAUGAUAUGGAAAUUCUCACUUGCACCUCAAAAAAGAAACAUUUAUAG